AUGGACAAUCUUCUCAAGUUGAUUGUAAGUGUUAUAUUUUCUGUUUAUUUUAUCAGAUUCUGUAAUGGAGGUGAGUUAAUAGAGUCCAAGUCCUUUCUCAAUUUUAUUCUUGCUAUUGAUCCAAACAAUGUACUACGAAUUGAUCGGAAUGCUUUAGUGCCUUACCCUUGCUACUACAAAUUACAUGGUGUUAAGUGCAAUACACGUACCCGUGAAGUCAUAGAAAUAAGGCUUGAGAACAAGAAUCUCAGUGGGAUAAUCGAUGCAGAAUCACUCUGCAAACUCUCAAAAUUAAGAGUUCUUAGCUUAGCCGGGAACAAGAUUCAAGGGACAGUUCCUGAAUCGAUAUCAACGUGUAAAAGUUUAAUUGUUCUUGAUCUCAGCAACAACUUUCUUAGUGGUAAUUCAUCAGUACUACUGCAGUCUUUGACAAUGCUCAAGAACCUUAAAAAACUGAACAUUUCUAAGAACAGUUUCACUUUCUCACAAGUGUUGAGAGGUGUAACGAUUAAAGAAUCUACAUAUGUGUUAAAUGGUAUCGCUCCAUCUUCAACUGCAGAAAGUGACAAUACAAAGACAAAGAAUUAUCAUAUGAGUUUGAUAUUUUGGGUCCUCAUAUUUCUUGGGAUUGCGCUUGCCUUAGUGGUUUUAUCAUUCUUGUGCAUGAGAUGUGUUAGAAGAAAAGCGAAGGACAAGGAGGUUAUAAAAGAAGUAGUUAAUUACCCGUCUCCUCGAAAAACUCCCUCAGCUGAGGUUGUAGAUGGAGUAUGUAACACUGAAGAGAAAAGCUCAGAACUUUUCUUUUUCAUGGAAUCCGUUGAAAAGUUUACGAUGGACGAUCUUCUUGAAGCAACCGCAAACUUAAGAAAACAAGGCCUUUGCAGUAGCCUUUAUAAGGUACAUAUCAGUGGCAGUGGUGUCUUCGCAGUCAAGAGACUGAAGAAACUACAAGUAGGGUUCAAGGAAUUUAGCGAAACAAUGGAAAAGAUAGGGAACUUGAAGCAUCAAAAUGUACUUCCACUUGUUGCUUAUUACACUAGCAAUGAAGAAAAAAUGCUCAUCUACAAAUACCAGAACAAUGGAAGUCUACUAACCCUUUUUGAAAAUUAUGUAGAGGGGAAAAGGAAUUUCCCAUGGAAACUAAGGCUGUCAAUUGCAGUUGGCAUAGCGAGGGGUUUCGCGUACAUAUACAGAAGUUCAAAGAAAGGCAAUGUCAUUCCUCAUGGCAACAUCAAACCAUCAAACAUUCUGUUAAACGAAAAUGAAGAGCCGUUAAUAAGUGAGUAUGGAUAUUGCAAGUUCAUUGACCCCAACAAAAGUUGCCUCUACAAAGACAAUGGUUACACAGCUCCUGAGGAGACCUUAACAGAAGGAGCUGAUGCCUAUAGCUUCGGAGUGAUUCUACUAGAACUGCUGACCGGUAAAGUUGUGGAGAAGACAGGAUUAGACCUUGUUAAAUGGGUGAAAUCCAUAGUGCGGGAAGAAUGGACUGGAGAGGUGUUUGAUAGUGAAGUUGCCAACUUUGAAAUGUAUGCUUUCCCUCUACUAAAUGUAGCACUCAAGUGUGUGGAUCGUUUGCCAGAGGAGCGGCCUACUAUGGCAGAGAUAUUCGAGAUAAUCAAGGAAGUGGUGAAUGAUCAAGAAGACAUUUCUCCUUCUUCCAUGACUUCUUUUGAAUCCACCCCUGGUUCAAUGAUAAUGCCUUUUAGUUUGAGCACUUUUCAUAGAUGAGAAUAUGAAAUGAGCUUAAAUGAAGAAGUGGGGAUUCAUACAGCCGACCCUAACUUGUUUGGGAUUGAGGCUUCGUUGUUGUUGUUUGUAUGUGACAUUAAUGGUUGUUGCACUAGGGUAUUCAUAAUAUGUUGAAUUCUUACUAGGCUCUUUCAAGUUAUUUUUCU